UAAGAUAGCCUUGUGUAGUUUUGUGUAGCUUGGAGAUGACUAGGUGUAGUCAUGUACUCUUUCAAGAAGAGUGGAUGAGCUUCAGAGAAGCUUAGAGGACUUUUGGAGACAGUCUAUGAAUGACUGUAACUUUGGCUCAAGGAGCGGGAUCGAAAAGGACGCGUUGCUACUGUGUUUUCACAACUUUGUGCUGCGGGUUGAGGCUUGCUUUGGCGAAAAACGUACAGCCCUAUCCCGGAACCUCCUCCAUCUGCAGAAGAAAUUUGCACACGCCCUGGACUGCACCAUCUUCAAAGGCGGCGCUGCUCCGAAGGCGCAUGAAGGUGCGCGUGGCAGUGCUGCAAGUUGACUGUGCAGGCUGCAUGCAUUGCAUGAAGCUCCGGCGCUCCUUGCAAAGCAUCAUGCAAGUUCAGUUUCGAGGUGUGCGUAGCAAGACUUCCUCAGGUUUAGAUGAGGGAGGACCCUUGCUACGUCAGGGUUUGGCGCUUGGGGAGCCUGUCGAAAUGCCUGUUGCCUGGCGGAAGCGCUUCCCAGAACCUAUGGAUGCACCUGGUUUGAAGGCCACGAGCCGCUUGCAGGAGCUCACCAAACGCAGAGAUCUCCUGAAAAGGCAGCUGGCAGCCAUGGAGGCAGUCGAGGAUCCAGAGGGCGAGGAAUUGGAGAGGAUUCUGGCAAUGAAGGAUCAACUUCUGCUUAUGGAAAGGCAGCUUUCCGAUAGCCAUGAAUGGCCGCUUGGGUGCGCAACAACUUAAAGACCCUGUUUUGUGAUCCUCAAGAUGUGAAGUCCGAUCCUCAGACCGUACAAUCACCGUGCCGAGGAUCC